GCUGUGCGACCUGCUGGCCACCACGCCGCUGCAGGGCCUGGUGUUCGAGCAGGAGCGACCGCCUCCGCUCGACCAAGCCCCGCUGGCACCCAUGCUCGAGUUCGUCUCGGCACAGACCGGCGUGCCCAUCGUGGCCGUGGGCGGAGGGGCGGGGCUCGGCAGAGAACCCCAGGAGAGUGGCUCCAUCUACUUGCAGUUCACGUCCUCCACUGCCCUGCAGCUGGAGGUCAUCUUCGAGGUGCUGGAGGAGUACGACUGGACGGCCUUCUCGGUGGUGUCCACGCGCUACCACGGCUACGAGGAUUUCCUGGACAUGGUGGAGGGCAUCACAGACGGCUCGUUCAUCGGCUGGGACAAGAAGAGCGUGGUGAUGCUCAAUCUGACCGGAGACCCAGGGGGUGUGCACACCCGCCGCAUGCUGAAGGAGAGCGAGGCCCAGGUGCGUCUGCUCUACUGCUCCCAGGAGGAGGCCGAGUUUGUCUUCCGGGCGGCCUGGGCGACCGGUCAGGCCACGCCGUCGCACCUGUGGUUCGCCGUGGGCCCGGCACUCUCUGGCCUGGGCAUGGAGGGCUUGCCCAAGGCGCUGCUGGCCGUGCGGCCCCAGGGCUGGAGGGACGAGCCGCGCCGCCGCAUCUCCAAGGGCGUGUCAGUGCUCACCCACGGCGCCAUGGCACUCCGGCGAGAGUACGGCAGCCAGCGGUGGACAAGCUUCGCCGGCAACUGCAACACAGACGGGAACCAGACGCAGAGGAUACCGGAUAGGAUUAGGUUCUUUAGCAACAUAACCAUGGGUGGACGGGACUACUCUUUCAACAGCGAAGGCUACCUGGCCAAUCCCUUGCUGGACGUUGUCUGGUACUCAGCAGGGAGAGGCUGGGAGGAGGUGGGCGUUUGGGAGAACGGAGUCCUGAGGCUACGAUACCCCCGCUGGUCCCGCGACGGUGUUUUCCUCAAGCCGCUUGACAACGCCCAGCACCUGCGUGUGGUCACGCUGGAGGAGCGGCCCUUCGUCAUCGUGGAGUCAGCCGACCCGGCAUCAGGCUGCAUCCGCGACUCCGUCCCCUGCAGACUCUCUUUCAACUCCAGUGUGGUGGCAGAGGGCACCACAUCCAUGAAGCACUGCUGCAAAGGUUUCUGCAUCGACGUCCUCAAGCGAUUGGCCAAGAUAGUGGGCUUCACCUAUGACCUGUUCUUGGUGACCAACGGCCGACACGGGAAGAACAUUAAUGGGGAGUGGAACGGAAUGGUUGGGGAGGUGGUGGCCAAGCGGGCGGACAUGGCCAUCGGCUCCCUCACCAUCAACGAGGAGAGGUCAGAGGUCGUGGAGUUCUCGGUGCCCUUCGUAGAGACGGGGAUCAGUGUCAUGGUCUCUCGCAGCAAUGGCACUGUCUCGCCCUCAGCCUUUUUGGAACCCUACAGUCCGGCGGUGUGGGUGAUGAUGUUUGUCAUGUGCCUGUCGGUCGUCGCGGUGACCGUGUUCCUGUUCGAGUUCUUCAGUCCGGUUGGCUACAACCGCAGUCUGCAGAAUGGCAAGAAGGCGGGAGGCUCCAAGUUCACCAUAGGCAAGUCGGUGUGGCUGCUGUGGGCCCUGGUGUUUAAUAACUCGGUGCCAGUGGAGAAUCCUCGGGGCACCACCAGCAAGAUCAUGGUUCUGAUCUGGGCCUUCUUCGCUGUCAUCUUCCUCGCCAGCUACACAGCCAACCUGGCUGCUUUCAUGAUCCAGGAGGAAUACAUCGACACUGUGUCAGGGCUCAGUGACAAAAAGUUCCAGCAUCCCACCGAUCAGUACCCGCCUCUGCGCUUCGGCACCGUCCCCAACGGCAGUACGGAGGAGAACAUCCGCAGCAACUAUCCCAACAUGCACCAGUACAUGGUCCGCAACAACCAGAGAGGGGUGGAGGAGGCCAUCGACAACCUGAAGACAGGCAAACUGGACGCCUUUAUAUACGAUGCAGCCGUGCUGAACUACAUGGCAAGGAGGGACGAUGGCUGCAAGGUGAUGACCAUCGGCUCGGGGAAGGUGUUUGCGACCACGGGCUACGGCCUCGCCCUCAGCAAGAACUCCCGCUGGAAACGACCCCUGGACCUGGCCCUGCUGCAGCUGGUGGGAGACGAUGAGAUUGACAUGCUCGAGCGUCUGUGGCUGUCUGGGAUCUGCCAUAAUGACAAGAUCGAGGUCAUGAGCUCCAAGCUGGACAUAGACAACAUGGCCGGCGUGUUCUACAUGCUCUUAGUGGCCAUGGGCCUUAGCCUGCUGGUGUUCGCCUGGGAGCAUCUCGUCUACUGGAAGCUACGGCACUGCUUCGGUCGCAAAGGCGGACUGGACUUUUUGUUGGCCUUUAGCAGGGGUAUGUACAGUUGCUGUAAUUUCGAGGACGAGACAGCUCCUGCAGGCUCCCAAGGCACGCUUCCUCAGUAUCACCACGUGUCUACGGUACCUCCGCCGCCUCCACCCCAUGUGAUCGCUACAGGCGUAGCCAACACGUCUAUGGCUAUGGCCACACAACAGCAGCAACAGCAAAAACAUCACCAGCAGCAACAGCAACAACCGCAGCCUGUGUACAAUGCCCUGCUUCCUGGAUCCCCUCCAGCCACAGUGCAUUCUGGGAUGGCCCUUGGACCAUCCAACAGUCCCAUUUUGGGGGCACCCAUGCCUUGCUCAACGUUUCUCCCGCGCCACGACCGCAGACUGGCCGUGGUGGACCGCUGGACUCGCCCCAAGGUAGGCCCUGAGAAGUCCAUUGCUGUAAGCAGUGGGAUCACGGAGCUCUCGCAGUUCCCACAAGGCAUUGCGCCACACUGGGCAGGAGGCGAAAGAAGCCUGGAUGAAUAUAAGCGCUAUUACGGUCCCAUUGAUCCUGAAGGCUUAGGAGCUUCUGCAGAGCCACAGACGGCUACAGCCCAGACCCCCAAGUCUGCCCAAAGAGGAACGAAAUCUUCUGGAAAUCCACGGCUACCUCCCAAAGUCCCACCACCUAAGCUGGCCUUGCACGGUUCGCCUCCUCGGCCAGGUUUGUUCUGGAGGAGAAGCAGCCUCUCCAAGAGGAAAGGCUCCGGAGGGCCUCUUUAUGAGAACAUCCUGCCUCUGGGAAGGAGAGGUGGAGGGCGGAACGGAUUGAGGGAAGGAGGUGGACGAAGAGGCCGUCGUCCUCCUCCCAUUCCACUCCCGGUGCCCGUCCCACUCUCCUCUCCUACUCAGACCCCUCCGUCUCCCUCUCCUUCGUUAUGUUACACCACCUCCGCCUCCACCACUUCUAGCACGUCGUCCUCCUCUUCAUCCGGUUCCCUCUCCCGAUCCAACUCCCCUUCCUCUUCUUCGUCCUAUACGUCGUCACAGAGUUUUCGGUACAGAAGUGGCACAGUGAGGGAUAUCUUUGAGGAUUACGACACUGAUGAGCUGACGGAAGAGUCCAGCCUGCUGCUGGGGAGAAGGAAGGGUCGCUCUCGCAUGUCGUCUCGCUCGCUUCCCUGCAGCCCCCCUCCUCCACCUGUACCGCCGCGCAAACCGCGCCAGUCGCGGGACAGUGGCCGCGACAGAACUGGCAGCCAGCUGGCACAACUACAGGAGUGGUGGGCGUCUUGGGGAGAGAAGGAGAGGGGCAGAAGAACAGCCGAAAGAGGAGGAGGAGGAGGAGGAGGAGAAGACAGGGAGGAGAAGCGGCACCACAAAGAAAGGGAGCGCGAGAGGAAGAGAAGGAAGAAAGGCAGGAAGAAGAAGAAGAGAGAAGAGCGCGAAAGGGAGCGGGAGCGUAAACGGCGCAAGGCUAAGAAAAAGAGGAAGAAAGAGGAGAAGAGACGAGAAAGGGAUCGGCGACCCGAGCAGGCCGAGCUAACGAUCGACAGGAAAGAGGAGUAUGAAAAAAGGAUGUCUCAAGAUUACUCCUACCCUGCCUUGAGGCGCAGCUCAUUCCGUAAGAAAAGCGAAAGCUCCAGCAGAAGUUACGACUGGGACAUAUCAAGAGAUGAGAUCAGACGCGACAGGGUGGAAGAGCGUGGCGAUGACGGGGAUGAUGGCAGAGGGAGGGAAAGGCACAGGAGCCCUCCAUCUCAUCACUCCAGGCAGCGAACCCAAGACAAGCGAUAUCCGUCCGCCAGCAAACCCACAACUGCAGUCAAGUUCUGGGGAAGUGGGAACCCCACACAUGCUCCAUCUUCUUCUUCGCUUUUACCGCUUCUCCCUCUGUCCUCCAAACGGCGGAAAUCUGUCACCAGUGAGAGAGAGGGCAGAGUGAGGGGAGGGGAAAGUCGCCCCCUGCUGGGGAGGAAUGGCAGGAACCGGGCACGAUCAAGGGAAGGCAUAUCACUGCAUGAGUGGGAUUCGGAUGCGGAGGAUGAGGACAACGAAUCUGAGGUGGAAGGGGGGAGAGUAAGAGGAGAGGAUCGAGGUCGGAGACGUGAAGGAAGGGGGAUUGAGUCGGAGUCAGAGAGGAGUCGGGAACGAGAGAAGACCAUUGAGAUAUAUACAGACGACGAAGGCUCUUCGGGAGAGUUCGGGAAGUUUGAGAGGUACUGGGAGGGUCACGAAGAAAGAGCUGUUGGAGGUAUUGGUGGUGGAGGGUGGUUCUUUGGCACUUACCCUGCCCGUGAAAAAGGAGGCAGCAUUAACAGCCGAGACGACUCUUUUGUGGGAUGGGGGCCAGGAGAGAGCAGCUGGGGGAUCGGAAGCAGCUCAAAUCGGUGGCCACCGCCACCGCUGACUCCCCCACCUCCACGCAGAUACUGGUCUGUGGACAAGCUACCGGUCAAGAGCGAAAAGAAAGUGAAGAACAGGUCCCAGGACAACAGCAGGGGCCACACCGCUUGCAGCUGCCACUCCCCACGCCAUCAGGGGAAGUCCCACUCCAAUUGGAGCAGGGUGACCUCUCGGAGUCAGGAGGACCUACACCCUCACUGCCAGAGCAGCAGCAGCAGUACCCGGCCCAAGCACCAGGCGUCCAAACCCGAUCGGGCCCAAGGCCAAGCCAAGAGUGGGAGCCAGUUGAACCUCAGUGUCCAGAGGCCGCAGCGGUCGGACGGUCGCGGCACGCGGCAGCCCUCGCCUCCCCAGGCUCUGAUCACCCCGCUCAUGCCCCCGGCGCUCCCUCCGCCGCCCUCAUCCUCCCACCCCAUCCACGUCCCGCCGCCCACGUCCUCCUCGUCCGUCUCAUCCCCGUCAGUGGUCUCAUCGACGCCCGGGGCACCCCAGCCCUCCUCCAUGUCGUCAUCGAGCGCCAAACUGCAGUACCAGAGACUGCGGUCGGCGCCGCAGCGGUUCCAGUCCCCGCACCUCCCCCUGAAAACCAAGAGCUUGUGCUCUCGGCGGGGGUCGGCUCACUUCUCCAGUGUGGAGAGCGAGGUGUGAGGGCACCGCGGCAGACCUGGACUUACUUAUUCUCGCGUAAUGCCGCAAACUGUGAAACAACAACAACACGGGGCUGCACUGAAGGAACGACCUGUGCUCUCCUUGGUUCCUUUUGUAGACCCUGUCUUUUUUGGGGGUACUCGAGAGGGGAGUGGGGGCACAUCUGUUCCUGGAACCAGGAAAAAAAAGGAAGAGAAGGAGGAAAGAAUGAAAGAAAGAAAGAAAGAAGAUAACUCUUACUGCUACACUGACAAACUUUCUCAGUGUUUGUGUUGGAUCCCACAACGGGGAUCACUGCUACAGGUCUCUCAGGAUUUAAAGCAAUGGGUUUGAUUAAUCCUGAUGAAUGUUAUUAAUCUUAAAAGAGUUGAGGGCUCAGGAAUUUGUGCGGACCUCUUGACAGAAAAGUCAGAGGCUAAUGGCCUCUUUCGUCAAACUCUUCGCCCUACUUUCUUUUUGCCCAAGUCUUUACUCUUACUCCCCUCCAAACUGUGAUCUCUGACAUUUCCUUGUGUGUAUUUAUUUGCUAUCUCUAGGGAAGGGACCAUUAGGAAAUAGUAGCAGUUUAUUGGUUUCUUUUUUCUUUUGCUUUUUUCUUCUCUAUAGAGCAUUUCUCUGUGUCCUCCUCACCUCCCUCCCUCUCUCUAUCCCUCCAUCUGGCACCUCUGCGUCUGUGUCACCGUGUUUGUAUUCCUACAGGGUAAAUCAGCUGUGACUGAUCUUUUACUGGCUUUUUCAAGCUGAGUGCCAAACUUGAGUGGAGCUUACAUUCAGAGCUAUUAUAUCUCAUAUCUGAUAUCGCCA